AAGAUGGCGUCCGAGCCCGAGCCCGACGAGCAGGCCCCGGAGCCCGGCUGGCUGCGCGGCUCGGCCGAGGCCACCGCGGCGAAAUGGCUGCAAGCAACAGACCUCACUAAAGAAGUGCACCAGCAUUUGGCCCACUAUGUCCCGAAAAUCUACUGCAGGGGCCCCAACCCUCUUCCACAGAAAGAGGACAUGAUGGCACAGCACACACUGUUGGGGCCAAUGGAAUGGUACCUUUGUGGCGAAGAUCCUGCAUUUGGAUUUCCGAAACUUGAACAAACAAACAAGCCUUCUCACCUUUGUGGUCGUGUUUUCAAAGUAGGAGAGCCAACAUACUCUUGCAGAGACUGUGCUGUAGAUCCAACAUGUGUUUUAUGCAUGGAGUGCUUUCUGGGAAGCAUUCACCGAGACCAUCGAUACAGGAUGACAACAUCAGGAGGCGGAGGUUUCUGUGACUGUGGAGAUACAGAAGCUUGGAAAGAGGGUCCUUACUGUCAGAAGCAUGAAUUUAAUACCUCGGAAAUUGAAGAGGAGGAGGAUCCUCUUGUGCAUUUGUCAGAAGACGUGAUAGCAAGAACAUACAACAUUUUUGCUAUUGUAUUUCGGUAUGCGGUGGAUAUAUUAACCUGGGAAAAAGAAAGUGAGUUACCAGCUGAUUUAGAGAUAGGAGAGAAGAGUGACACUUAUUAUUGCAUGCUGUUUAAUGAUGAAGUUCAUACGUACGAACAAGUUAUUUAUACUCUUCAGAAAGCUGUUAACUGUACACAGAAAGAAGCCAUUGGCUUUGCAACUACAGUAGACCGAGAUGGUCGUAGAUCUGUUAGAUAUGGAGAUUUCCAAUAUUGUGAACAAGCAAAAUCUAUAAUUGUGAGAAAUACCAGUAGACAAACAAAGCCACUCAAAGUUCAAGUUAUGCAUUCGUCUAUUGUUGCUCACCAGAACUUUGGUUUGAAACUAUUAUCUUGGCUGGGAAAUAUUAUUGGAUAUUCAGAUGGCCUUCGCCGGAUUUUAUGUCAAGUUGGUUUACAAGAAGGUCCUGAUGGUGAAAACUCUUCUCUAGUGAGCAGAUUGAUGCUUAGUGAUUCCAAGUUGUGGAAAGGUGCUAGGAGUGUCUAUCAUCAGCUGUUCAUGAGCAGUCUGCUUAUGGAUUUGAAAUACAAGAAACUAUUUGCUGUUCGAUUUGCAAAAAAUUACCAGCAGUUGCAGAGAGAUUUUAUGGAGGAUGAUCACGAGCGAGCAGUGUCCGUGACUGCUCUGUCUGUCCAGUUCUUCACCGCACCUACUCUGGCCCGGAUGCUCAUCACGGAAGAAAACCUAAUGACCAUCAUCAUUAAGACUUUUAUGGAUCAUCUGAAACAUCGAGACGCCCAGGGCAGAUUUCAGUUUGAACGAUACACUGCUUUACAGGCUUUCAAGUUCAGGAGAGUUCAGAGCCUUAUUUUAGAUCUCAAGUAUGUGUUAAUUAGCAAACCAACAGAAUGGUCAGAUGAUCUGAGGCAGAAGUUCCUAGAAGGAUUUGAUGCCUUUUUGGAGUUACUCAAAUGCAUGCAGGGAAUGGAUCCAAUUACACGUCAAGUUGGGCAGCAUAUUGAGAUGGAGCCAGAAUGGGAAGCAGCCUUCACACUACAGAUGAAGUUGACCCACGUCAUCUCUAUGAUGCAGGACUGGUGUGCUUUAGAUGUAAAGGUGCUGAUUGAAGCUUACAAGAAAUGCCUCGCGGUGUUGACACAGUGCCAUGGUGGUUUUACUGAUGGUGAACAGCCGAUUACACUAAGCAUUUGUGGACACUCAGUGGAAACGAUCAGAUACUGUGUUUCCCAAGAAAAAGUUAGCAUUCACCUCCCAGUUUCUCGCUUACUUGCAGGCUUACAUGUAUUAUUAAGCAAAAGUGAAGUUGCACAUAAAUUUCCAGAGCUCCUACCUCUAAGUGAACUUAGCCCACCUAUGUUGAUAGAACACCCUCUCAGGUGUCUUGUUUUAUGUGCCCAAGUCCAUGCAGGAAUGUGGAGAAGAAAUGGGUUUUCUCUCGUCAACCAGAUCUAUUACUACCAUAAUGUGAAAUGUAGGCGUGAGAUGUUUGACAAGGACAUAGUAAUGCUUCAGACAGGUGUGUCCAUGAUGGAUCCAAAUCACUUCCUGAUGAUAGUGCUCAGCCGCUUUGAACUCUAUCAGAUUUUCAGCACUCCAGACUACGGGAAGAGAUUUAGCUCUGAGGUUACCCAGAAGGAUGUUGUGCAGCAGAACAAUACUUUAAUUGAAGAAAUGUUGUACCUCAUUAUUAUGCUUGUUGGAGAGAGAUUUAGUCCUGGAGUUGGACAGGUAAAUGCAACAGAUGAAAUUAAGCGAGAGAUUAUUCAUCAGUUGAGCAUCAAACCUAUGGCUCACAGUGAACUGGUCAAGUCUUUACCUGAAGAUGAGAACAAGGAGACAGGCAUGGAGAGUGUGAUUGAAGCAGUUGCACAUUUUAAGAAACCUGGAUUAACAGGACGAGGCAUGUAUGAACUAAAACCAGAAUGUGCAAAAGAGUUCAACUUGUAUUUCUAUCACUUUUCAAGGGCAGAGCAGUCGAAGGCAGAGGAAGCGCAGCGAAAAUUGAAAAGGCAAAAUAGGGAAGACACAGCACUUCCUCCUCCAGUGCUGCCUCCAUUCUGUCCCUUGUUCGAAAGUCUGGUGAACAUUCUGCAGUCAGAUGUCAUGCUGUGCAUCAUGGGAACUAUCCUGCAGUGGGCUGUGGAACACAACGGAUAUGCCUGGUCUGAGUCGAUGCUACAGAGAGUGUUACACUUAAUUGGAAUGGCCCUGCAGGAAGAGAAGCAGCAUCUGGACAACGUCAUGGAAGAUCACAUAGUCACGUUCACCUUUACGCAGAAGAUGUCAAAACCUGGGGAAGCACCCAACAACUCGCCUAGCAUUCUAGCUAUGUUGGAAACCUUGCAAAAUGCUCCAUAUCUACAAGUCCACAAAGAUAUGAUUAGGUGGAUACUGAAGACUUUUAAUGCUAUUAAGAAGAUAAGGGAGAGUUCAUCCACCAGUCCAGUUGCAGAGACGGAAGGAACCAUAAUGGAAGAGAAUUUAAGAGACAAAGACAAAGCAGAGAGGAAGAGAAAGGCUGAGAUUGCCCGACUGCGCAGGGAAAAGAUCAUGGCCCAGAUGUCUGAGAUGCAGCGACAUUUCAUUGAUGAGAAUAAAGAACUCUUUCAGCAGACUUUAGAACUGGACUCCUCUACCUCUACAGAGUUGGAUAAUAGCCCUAUGGUUUCAGAUACAACACUUACAGCACUGGGCCCAGCACAAACUCAGAUCCCUGAGCCGAGAAAAUACGUUACCUGUAUAUUGUGUCAAGAGGAACAAGAAGUGACGGUGGAAAGCAAAGCAAUGGUCCUGGCAGCAUUUGUUCAAAGAUCAACCGUAUUAUCAAAAAACAGAAGUAAAUUCAUUCAGGAUCCAGAAAAAUAUGAUCCACUAUUCAUGCACCCUGACCUGUCUUGCGGAACACACACUGGUAGCUGUGGGCACAUUAUGCAUGCCCAUUGUUGGCAGAGGUAUUUUGAUUCCGUUCAAGCCAAAGAACAGCGAAGGCAACAGAGAUUACGUUUACAUACGAGCUACGAUGUAGAGAAUGGAGAAUUCCUUUGUCCCCUUUGUGAAUGCUUGAGUAAUACUGUUAUUCCUCUGCUGCUUCCUCCAAGAAAUAUUUUUAAUGGCAGGUUAAAUUUUUCUGACCAACCAAAUCUGACUCAGUGGAUUAGAACAAUAUCACAGCAAAUAAAAGCCUUACAGGUUCUUAGAAAAGAAGAAAGUGCUCCUAAUGCCGCCUCUCCAAAGAACUCUGAAAAUAUGCAAGACGUGCAGCCCCCGGAAGGGUUUAGGCCUGAUUUUCGUCCGAAGAACCCUUAUUCUGAGAGCAUAAGAGAAAUGUUAACAACAUUCGGAACUGCUGCUUACAAAGUGGGACUGAAGGUUCAUCCCAAUGAAGAGGAUCCCCGUGUGCCCAUAAUGUGCUGGGGUAGUUGUGCCUACACCAUUCAAAGCAUAGAAAGAAUUUUAAAUGAUGAAGAUAAACCAUUGUUUGGCCCUUUGCCUUGCAGACUGGAUGACUGUCUUAGAUCACUCACCAGGUUUGCAGCGGCACAUUGGACGGUGUCAUCACUCUCGGUGGUGCAAGGUCACUUUUGCAAACUUUUUGCAUCAUUGGUUCCUGAUGACAGCUAUGAAGACAUCCCGUGCAUAUUAGACAUUGACAUGUUUCACUUAUUGGUGAGCUUGGUGCUGGCUUUCCCUGCUUUGCAGUGCCAGGAUUUUUCGGGGAUCAGUCUUGGCACUGGGGACCUUCACAUCUUCCAUCUGGUUACGAUGGCACACAUCAUUCAGAUCUUGCUUACCUCAUGUGCAGAAGUGAAUGGCAUGGAUCAAGAAAAUCCUGCAGGCGAAGAAGAAUUAGCAGUUCUUGCUUUGUAUAAAACAUUGCACGAGUAUACAGGAAGUGCCUUGAAAGAAAUACCCUCUGGCUGGCAUCUGUGGAAGAAUGUCAAAGCUGGAAUCAUGCCUUUCUUAAAGUGCUCAGCUUUGUUUUUUCAUUACUUAAAUGGAGUUCCUGCUCCACCAGAAAUGCAAGUGUCUGAAACAAGCCAUUUUGAACAUUUGUGUACCUACCUUUCCCUGCCAAGCAACCUCUUUUGCCUUUUUCAAGAAAACAGUGAGAUCAUGAAUUCCCUGAUUGAAAGUUGGUGUCAUAACGUUGAAGUCAAAAGAUUUCUAGAAGAUGAAAGAAAUGCUAUCAGAUACCCACGAGAAUCUAACAGAUUGAUAGAGCUUCCAGAGGAUUACAGCAGUCUGAUUAAUCAAGCAUCGAAUUUCACGUGCCCCAAAUCAGGUGGUGACAAGAGCAGAGCCCCGACACUGUGCCUCGUCUGUGGAACCCUGCUGUGCUCCCAGAGCUACUGCUGCCAGACUGAGCUGGACGGGGAUGACGUGGGUGCCUGUACCGCUCACACCUACACCUGUGGCUCUGGAGUGGGCAUCUUCCUGAGAGUACGGGAGUGUCAGGUGCUGUUUCUGGCUGGAAAAACCAAAGGCUGUUUCUACUCUCCUCCCUACCUUGACGACUAUGGGGAGACUGACCAGGGACUCAGACGGGGCAACCCUUUACACCUGUGCAAAGAGCGGUUCCGGAAGAUCCAGAAGCUCUGGCACCAGCACAGCAUCACGGAGGAGAUCGGGCAUGCCCAGGAGGCGAAUCAGACACUGGUGGGCAUCGACUGGCAGCAUUUGUAGCUGCCCCGCCAUCACGCACGGAAACUUGGAUUUCUGUCGCCCUCUUGGCUUUUCAGGAAAAGGAAUAGGAAAGUAGGUUCCACCAAAUUCGGAAAUAAACUCUCUUAAGCUUUUCUUCCCGGUUUAAUUUUUCGAGUUACUGGCUCCAGAUUUUCCUGAGGAAAAUCAUCUUGCAGCAGUGGCUUCCCGCGCAUCGGUGACCUGUGCCCCUCGGUGUGAUUUGAGUCCUAGGAUCCUGUGUGGAGCUUUUUCCUGAGCAGGACACGACCCUUCGGUGGAAGCAGACUGUGCCGCGGAGUAUCGGCCCCUGCGGCCCAAAGCUGUUUCCUCCGCAGCAAGGAACAAAGUUGCUGUGGCCCUGUAGGGCCAACUUCCGGGUCUUCUCUCGGCGACUGUCC